AUGCCCCAGCCAGGAGACCAGCCUGCCCUGCGGCCACGGCUCAGUGUCCCGCUCCUGCCGGGCCCCACGCACACGCAUCCUCCCCGCAGAGCCCAGGCCGGCCGCGAUGCCCCCAUCGGCGCCUGGCACUGCCGCCUUUGUGCAUGCCUGCUCCUCCAGCCGGGCUCUCCCCCCACGAGGCCUGCUCCUGGGCCCAGCUGCAUUGCCCACCGUGCACCCACCCCACGCCCACCCACGGUGCCCUCACCUUCUGAGCCCCCGACCUUCGGCCUCGGGUCCCGCCGGUGCCCGGGGCGCUGGCCACGUCCUCCAUGCCUCUGUCGCUCGCCCCACCCCACUGCCCGCGCACGGCGGCGAGCCUGGCACGGUGCCAGGCCUGGGAGCCCAGCCCGGGCAGGGCGAACUUUCCGCGAGGCUGGGGGGGCCGCGGGGUGA